AAUAAUUUCUGAGAAUAAAAAAGAGCCAGUCUGGUCCUGGGUCUGCUGCCGUUCUCAUCAUAUUCACCAACUCUCUGAUUUUAAAUCUGAUUGUUUCUGUUUCUGCUGCCAGCUCCUUUGGUGAUGAGUGUCAUUACAGUCCAGAGUGUGAAAAUGGUGACAGCCAACAUGUUACUGAGCGUCUUCUUUCUUUCAGCUGCUUUGGCUGAUUGUCCUUAUGAACCAGCCCUUUUCAUCUCUGCACCAGAGCAGAUGGAAGCACUGAGUGGAUCUUGUCUGCAGAUCCCAUGUAACUUUAGAGUUAAACCAGGAGAGAAAUUCAGCAGCAAAGGAAAAAUCUUUGGAGUGUGGAUUAAACGUGACAUACGAUUUGGCCUAUUUCCAGAAAAUGUGAUUUUCAACAGCAGCAAGAUGAAUAACAUCUACCCAAUGAGUCUGACUGGAGACCUGAGUGAUAAAAGCUGCACCACUUUAUUUUCCAGUUUAAUCACUGAUUACACAGAGACAUACUACUUCAGGAUUGAGAAACCAUCAUUCAGGGUAACAGCUGUUUGUGAUCCUCUUCAGAUAACAGUUAACGAUUCUGCUCCGAGGCCCAGGAUGAAUCUCUCAGGUGAUGUGAAUGAUCUGAAGGAGAAGCAGUCUGUCACUAUAACCUGCUCAGCUUUCACUCCCUGUCCACACUCCCCUCCUAAACUCACCUGGACUCUCCAACAAGACCCUCACAACAUCAUGGAGCAAGACACAGAUGGAACCUUUACCACUAAAAUCCAGGAGACCAUCACUCUGUCAGACACACAUGAUGGACUCAGCAUCAGCUGUUCUGCAGGAUAUCCUGUGAAUGAAGGAAAAGAUGUGAAGACAGCAGCAGCAGCAGGAAUCACUCUCAGUGUUUCAUAUGCUCCCAGGAACACCUCAGUGUCCGUCAGUCCAUCAGGUUUGGUGUCAGCAGGUAGCUGGGUGAAGCUGACCUGCUCCAGCAGAGCCAAACCUCCCGCCAGCCGCUUCACCUGGUUCAAGAACAGCAAAGAUGGAGCCGUCAGAGUAGCUGGAGGAGACUCUUACAGCUUCAUGGUGACCAGUGUGACAGAUAUCAAAGAUUAUUACUGUAUGGCUACAAAUGCUCUCGGUAGUCAGACGUCACCAUGGAUUAAUACUGAAGAUCAUCCAGAGUUUGGGGUUGGUGUGUACGUUACAGUGAAGAUCCUGGGAAUCGUGGCGCUCUACAGUACAUUCAUCAUCUUUGAGUGCUGGUUUAGAUCAAGAUGCUGCAACAAACCAGAGAAGGAAGCAGAAGAACCAGACUACGUCAACAGAGUGAUUGAGAUUCAAGCAUCAUGAAGGAGAAGAGGAAGACGUCAUGUUCACCAUGAAUGGAAUAUUUCUCUACUUCCUGUUUCUCUCUUUCUUAGAUUAUAAACGGCUUUGCUUUGCAGAAUAUUGAUAAGAUAAACAAAUGAUGGUUGCAUCAUCAGUUUGUGUGAGAUUGUGCAGAUUUAUGGUUCUAAUGAUUAUUGUUUUCUGACUCAAUGUGUUUUAUUCGUAUGUAAAAUACUUUAAUUUUGAUGAAUAAGCAGAAAAUGUUACAAUUUUUAAUGUAUGCCAACAAGAACUGUGUUGAUGUGUUUUAGGUUGGUUUUUGUCUGUUUUCUGUUUGUAGUUUAAAAAAAAAGCUUUUUGUAAAGUAGUUUGAUUUGGGUAAAAGUUCAAAUACCAAACUGGAAAAAUGAUGAUGGUAAAAAAAAUUUAAAAAUGUAAUUUGUGCAUUGAAAUGUUCCUGAAGUAAAGUUACUGUAUGUUAGUCUAAUGAUGAGAAUGUACAUAAAGUAUUGAAAUAGUGCUCAGUGUGACUGCUAUAGUAUUAUAUAAUAAAUAAUAAUAUUAUUAUUAUUACUGGUUUUUAUCAUGGCUUAAUUUGCUGAUUAUUUUCUCCAUUACUCGAUUGUGUUUUGUUGUUGUUUUGUUUUUUGGAUUUGUAAAAAUUCACAGAA